AUGCUUCAGUACAGCAGGCGCGAAGUAAAAUGUUCCAAAUUUGCUCAUAAGGGAAGUUCAAGGAACAUCCAAGAUAGUGAUACUGAUGAUGAACUUCCUGGACCCAUGGAUAGUAUUGGAUCAUCAACCGAUGAUGAGCCUAGUUAUCAAACAUCGGUGCCAGAUAUUUCCAACCAGAAGAAACAAUUUUUUGGAGACCUGUUAAAUGAAGCAGUAAGAGCUUCCUCAUGUCUCUCUCAGUUAGUUAAAGAAGAUAAGAGAAGGAUGGUAGGAAGUGGAGCUCCACAGAGAGGAAGUGCAGCUGCAGCUGCUAGCAUGCGUAGGAGGAAGCCGAGCGGCAGCUCAAGUGGAGGAGGAGCUUCUGGUGGUGCAACAGGAUCCAUGCUUCAGCAACAUGUGUCAAGACGUCAGAUUUCCUAG